AUGGCACCAGAUCAAGAGAAAUCAUGGGGGGUGAGGGACCACUGGAAGGCGAUGAUUGCUAUGACUCUAGUAUCUCUAAGCUCUUUUCAAUAUGGUCUUGAUUUCGGCAUCAUUGGCGGUCUUCAGGCCAUGGUUCCCUUUCUCCAGGUCUUCGGGAAAAAAGAUCCAUCGACUCCCCUCGGGUAUAAUAUCCAAGCCGACAGGCAACAGCUUAUUGCGUCUUUGAUGGUCCUCGGCGCUUUCGUGUCUUCUUCCUCGACUGGAUUCACGGCUAAGUAUAUUGGUCGGAAAAUGUCUCUGAUUCAGGAAAGUGUCCCAAGUCGCUAUAGAGGAUUGGGUAUCUCGUUCUUCUCAUAUUGGAUUUCAUUUGGAUCCCUAAUUGGGACCAUAGUCGAUAAUUUCGCAGCGAAGAACCCUACCCGAGACGCCUAUGUCAUUCCCCUGGGAAUUGUAUAUAUUGUGCCUGGAAUUUUGGCCAUUGGACUUUUCUUCAUUCCUGAAUCUCCCCGUUGGCUCGCGGCGAGAGGGAACUUCGAAAAGGCCGAGCAAGCUUUACAACGGCUAAGACCUCGAGGGUGGGCAGUUGGCCAGGAAAUAGAGGAAAUGCGGACGACGCUCGAAGCCGAGGCUCGACUGCAGGCCGGUAUUGGAUAUUUGGACCUUUUCAGGAAUCCUAUUGACCGUCGUAGAACCACUGUUGCUGUGCUUGCAUUGACGAGCCAGGCAGCGUCUGGUUCUAUGUACGUUAUAUCAUACGGGACCUAUUUCUUCGAAAUGGCAAAUGUCGGAAAUGCAUUCGAGAACUCCUGUAUCCUCACUGGCGUUGGAGUGGCCGCGCUACUCGCCACCGCCCUUUUGAUUACGAAAUUUGGGCGUCGACGAGUGAUGAUGCUCAUGGGAUUCGCUUUUUGCGGGCUCUCUCAACUAAUCAUAGCCGUGAUAUACACGAUUCAUCCGAAUACCGAAAACUCGGGCAAAGCUCUCGUCGGGAUGAGUGUCCUCUACAUAGUCGCUUAUAAUGCGAUGGUCGCUCCUUAUGCAUGGCUGUCUGGAGGCGAACUUUCCUCGCAGCGUCUACGCUCGCACACAUUUGGAUUGGCUACUGGAGUGGGAUUCUUCUUUGCUUGGCUUACUACCUUCACUGCGCCGUACUUCAUCAAUCCAGAUGCAUUAAAUUGGGGCCCUAAGUAUGGAUAUAUCUGGACGGGGUCAUCCCUUAUCGCAGGCGUCUGGAUCUAUUUCUUCCUACCAGAAGUGAAGGACCGCACCCUUGAGGAGAUCGAUGAAAUGUUCGAGGCUCGGAUUUCUGCUCGGAAGUUCCGCAAAUACCAUUGCACAGGAAGCCACGCUGUCCUCGAGGAGAAGACCCAAGCAGAGUAUGUCGAAGAAACGGUAGGAAGUGCCAAGGAGAAAGAAACAAGAGCUUGAAGAACAGUCAUCGUUGUCUUUUGGGGGCAAGACAUGGUUGGUAGGUGUGAUGGAUUCGAAGGAGAGGAUUUCUGGCCUAAUCAUGACAUGUCGUAUAUGAAGGAAUUUAACGUAUUCCUCUGUAGGAACCCUUUUUAUAUGAGAUGGAAGAUCACUGCACGUCUAAUUAACAUCUUAUCUAUCGGAAUUGGCAAUGUACAUGAUUUCUUUAUUCCAAAAUCAUCCUGCAGAUAAACGUCAUUGAGGCAGAUGCGAUC